UUCUUCUUUAAUUGAGCCGGCAUCGUAUCGAACAAGUCGUACUUCGCCGAUGGUAGUAGCCAUUUUUACGUUUGAACGAGUUGAAUUUUGUCUGUUAUUAUUCAGUGGAUUGUACCGUCGUCGGGCGGAUUUUGUUCAAAUUAAAGGAAGCAGGAGGAUAUAAGAAGUAAGAUGGUGCGUGGCGGACGAGGGUAUACUCGUGGAGGAGGAGGUCGAGGAGGCGGUAAUUACAGAGGCUCGGGUGGCUCAUCUUACCGUGGUAGUUCCGGGCGAAGCAGUUUCGGAAAUAGUUACAAUAGCUCAAGAGGAUCGUCCAGCUAUCAUUACGAUCGCAAUAGAGAUCGGGCGCCUUCAAGGCACGAACGCCACGAUGAUCAUAAAAGAUCUUAUCGGAAUUCCUCACGAGAUCGGUCUCCGGAUCGCAAAAGAUCCCGUCACGAGGACUCAAGACUAAGUUCAAGCUAUUCAUCGUCGUAUCGUCGAAAUGAUUCGAGUAGUCGCGGUAGUAGGCAGACACCGCCUCCACCGUCAGUCCGAUCAUCAAGUGCGCCCCAUCGUCGUGAUGAGUCAUCUUCGCACCGGCAUUCCAGCGGCAAUGAUGCAAUGGGGCCUCCGAAGAGCUUGCCCCCACGUAGCAGCCGCAUAGUUCGUCGCGGUGGAGCCUCAAGCCACAGGCCAAGCGGACGCAGCGGAAGCCUGAGAAUCAUUCGUCGCGGCCGAGAAUCAGCCGAUCUGAGAAUAAUGCGAAAGAAAUUACUGUUGGCCAACCAAAGAGAUAGAGCACGCAGAAUUAAGAUUGCUAGAUUGACGAGUUCACUACGUAGCAAACGAAGAGAUACGACAACAGUUCGUAAGGUAAUACGAAAGGCACGCGAUAAGAAAGAUGAUGAGAAGAAGGGCGAAGAUGAUAAAGAUGAGGAUGCCGAUAAGAGCAAGACUGAGGGCGGUGACGACGGGGAUGAAGAGGUCGAUGAUAAGGGUGAGGAGGGAAAAGUUAGUAAAGAGCCUAAAGAAAAAGGUAAGGGUGGUGAAGAUGGAGAUGUAGCGGAAGGUGACGAUGCGGAAGAAGCAGCUGACAAGGAUGUUGAUGUUGAGGGAAAGGAUGACGAUGAUGAGAAAUCCAAGAGAGAUUCAAAACCACGCCGCCCGAAGAAAACAUUCAUAAAGUUGACUUGCGUUCAUUGCCGCGCCAAGUGUCUCACUUUCAAGGAAUACAGCAGUCAUUUGUAUUCACGUAAUCACAAACUAGCAAUGCGUCGUUUGGCUAUUCGUCAGAAAACUCAACUUGCUCAAAUGAGAUUGAACCAGCGCAAUGCCCAGCGGGAUAUAGAGGAGAGUUCAAAGGAUGAGACAGAAGAUUGCAAACCGCAGUAUUGUCUCCUGUGUCGUUUGAACUAUCGCCAACCCAAAGCUAAACAUCAGCUUUCCGAAGCCCAUCGGAAUAUGAAGAAGUUCCUGAUGCCGUACUGCAGCACAUGUCACAUUGCUUUUAAGAGCCCAAUGGUCUAUGAAACGCAUCGAUGCUCUUUGGAUCACAUUAAACGUAAGGCUCGAAACAAUGAAUCAGUGAAUAGCGAAAGCAGCGAUGGUGAGAAAGAAGUUGAUCUAAACAACUUCAUGACAGUCGAUUCUAUCGGAGAAAUCGACAUAGGUGACGGUGAUAUCAAGGAAGGAGAAGAAGGAAAAGAAAAGAUCAACGUUGGCGCGGAACACGUGAAGAAGACAGAAGCCCUCUAUUGCGACCUAUGCCGCUAUUAUAUUCCAUUAAAAGAAGAAGAGGAGUCGGUCAUCAAGAAACAUUGCGCGACGCGAAGUCACUUGAAAGCAUUCGUAAGAUACAGGGAAGAUCAGAGCCUGCGUUUGGAGGCCGAACGUAUUCAGCGUAAACAGAAAGAAGCCAAGGAGAAAAAGAAAGAAGCAGCGGAGAAAUCAUCUGAAGUGAAAAAAGAAAACGGUGAUGAGAACGAAGAAGGCGGUGAAGAUAAAAUCUGGGAAGAUGUAGACAAAGAUCUUGGAGAUCUCUUGCGUGAAGUUGGUCCUGAUGGUGAUCAUGAGGAUGAAGAUGAAGAAGAUGGAUCUGUGUUGAAUAUAAACAUUGAAAGGUUUGACCGCUUCAAGAACAGCGAGAAUCAAAAGAAAGAUGUUAAUGGGGAUGCCAACGACACAAGUGUUGAUGCUAAAGAAGAGGAUAAAACUCCUGAUUCUACGCCCACCAAAACAAAGGACAAGGCUGAGAAGAAAACCGAGGCCACUAAAGUUGAGGAGAAAGCGGCCGUCGAAGCAAAGUAAAGCCCUAAGCAUUUGAUUGCAAUAUGAUUUUGAUGUGUGAAUUUGUAACUUAGAGGAGCUACAAUUAUAAAUAAAUGUUUGUGUCGGCUAGAAUAUAUUCCAUCUAGAAAUAUAAUGAAACUAUGUAUUAAAA